AUGAAAAGGACGAGCGCUGACUCCGCUUGCCAUCUUCGUCCGGCAGACCACCGACGGCACAGUCGACGAGCGGGUCCGAGCUUUUUGCGUUCAAACCGCCGCCUGUGCCGUUCAGAGCGAGGGAGCCUCAAGCUUCGAGGCUUGCGAAUGCAGGUUUGUAUUAGCAUCACCGAGGCGCAUUCGGUCAUGAGCUUCGUAUGCGGACAGCUGACGUUCACGUUCAUUGAUUCGCUCGAUCUAGAGUCCCUCCGCAUGCAGGCAAGCGCAUCGCACUCAAACUCUCGCAUUCCGAACAACCCCUCGAUGCGAUUCGUGCGAACUUUGCAGAGCCCUCACAAGCAGUACCCAUCGCACGGCACAUCCAAUCACCAAUACGCCCGACCAUUGAGCAGAGCAGCUAUGCCGUCGUUUCAGAGCCCGCGCUCUGUGCCCUCUCUAGCUCGCCGGGAAGAGCAGCCGCUACAGCGCGUUCAAACUCACUCGUGGCGCUCAGCAGCGGCAAAAGGUCCCGCUUCACGUCGAGACCCACCUCAAGCGAGCUUGGCAUCGUUCAAGAGACCGCACGCAUUCACAGGCGGCAACGAGACGGAUGUGCAGGAUGUCACAAUGUCGUAG